AUGUCCGGUGCAUUGAAUAUAUAUCCAUUUAAUAAGUUGUCAUCCAAUCUAAUCGUAUUGAUAUCGAAUCCAAUUGAACAUUAUGGGUUACUGUUAACUAUUGUGAUUUAUUUUAUACGUUUGUUAUCUUUAUUACCUUUACCAUUAGUUAUUUGCCAUACGUGUGGUUUGAUUUUAUAUAAUAUCUUUCCCGAACGACCUGAGUUACACAAUUCGCCAUUAUUAGGACCAAAAAUUCGGAUACGUGUUGUUACGCGUGGUGAUUAUCCUGAACUAGUACAUAACAAUGUCAAAAGAAAUCUGGAUACAUGUGCCAAAGUUGGACUAGACAACUUUCAGAUCGAAAUCGUUACUGAUAAACCAAUCGAUAUUCACGGGUUGCCGGCAAAUAUGGUCCGUGAAGUUGUUGUACCGAGUACCUAUCGAACAAAAUCAGGUGCACUCUACAAAUCACGUGCAUUGCAAUACGCGCUUGAACCUGAUGUGAAUCAACUAUCAGCGAAUGAUUACAUCGUUCAUUUGGAUGAAGAAACGCUGUUAACAGAAAAUUCGGUCCGUGGUAUUUUAAAUUUCGUUACUUCGAAUGAAUAUGAUAUAGGACAAGGUUUAAUUACUUAUGCGAAUGAAACCAUUGUUAAUCACAUAACAACAUUAGCCGAUAGUAUGCGUGUUGGUGUCGACUUAGGAUGUUUACGAUUCUGUUUGAAGAAAUUGCACCAGCCACCAUUCUUAUUCAAAGGAUCGUUUGUUGUCUGUCGUGCUGCUUGCGAAUUCGAAGUGACAUUUGACAACGGACGAGCUGGUUCAAUUGCUGAAGAUACAUACUUUGCCAUGUUGGCCAUGUCGAAAAACAAGACAUUCGGUUGGAUUGAAGGUGAAAUGUGGGAAAAAAGUCCAUUUACACUAGCUGACUUCAUCAAACAACGUAAACGAUGGUUACAAGGAAUCUUACUUGUCGUUCAUGACAAACGCUUACCAAUUCGUGUUCGUAUUUGCUUAGGCAUUGCACUUUAUUCUUGGAUAACAUUACCAUUAACAUCGAUGAAUGUUGUUCUUACACCACUGUGUCCUAUUCCAUUACAUUGGUCGAUAAAUUUCUUGAUAAGUUACGUUGGAGCGGUCAAUAUUUACCUGUACAUCAUCGGUGCCGUUCGUUCGUUCUCAUUGGUGCGUUUGGGCUAUGCUCAAUUCGCUCUUCGUAUUCUGGGGACAUUAGCAACGAUUCCAUUUGUGGUGAUCUGCGAAAUUACUGCUGUUAUUUGGGGACUUCUAAGUGAUAAGGACAAGUUCUAUAUUGUUGAUAAACAAUUGACACCACCGGUUAAUGUUUGA